CGGGCGGAGGAUGCGGCGGGAGGCGGAGUAGGCGGGGGUGCCCUGGGGAGCGAGCCGCGCGCGGGCCGGGCAGGCGGCUCCCGGAGGCUCCGCAGUGCCGUCGCCGGGGAGGCUGGGCGCGGGAGCCAUGUAACCUGCGGCGGGCUCCGGGCUGCGCCGUCCUCCCGCCAGCUCCCGGGCCAGCGCGGCAGCGGGGCCACGAUGAAGAAGCAGUUCAACCGCAUGCGCCAGCUGGCCAACCAGACCGUGGGCAGGGCAGAGAAGACGGAAGUUCUGAGUGAAGACCUUCUUCAGGUGGAGAAGCGCCUGGAGCUGGUGAAGCAGGUUUCCCACAGCACCCACAAGAAGCUCACUACAUGCCUCCAGGGCCAGCAGGGGGCAGAGGCCGACAAGCGCUCGAAAAAGUUGCCGUUGACAACGCUGGCUCAAUGUUUGAUGGAAGGGUCAGCUAUCUUAGGUGAUGACACACUGCUGGGGAAGAUGCUGAAACUCUGUGGAGAGACAGAGGACAAGCUGGCGCAGGAGCUAAUACAUUUUGAACUGCAAGUAGAGAGAGACGUGAUCGAACCCCUGUUUUUGCUAGCGGAGGUGGAAAUCCCAAAUAUUCAAAAGCAGAGGAAACAUUUAGCAAAGUUGGUGCUGGACAUGGACUCCUCACGAACGAGGUGGCAGCAGACUUCCAAGUCUUCAGGCUUAUCCAGCAACUUACAGCCUGCGGGUGCCAAAGCCGAUGCCCUCAGGGAAGAGAUGGAGGAGGCUGCCAACCGAGUGGAGAUUUGCAGGGACCAGCUCUCAGCUGACAUGUACAGUUUUGUGGCCAAAGAAAUCGACUAUGCAAACUACUUUCAAAUGCUAAUAGAAGUGCAAGCUGAAUACCACAGGAAGUCCUUGACGCUCCUGCAGGCUGUGUUGCCGCAGAUAAAAGCACAACAGGAAGCCUGGGUGGAGAAACCUUCCUUCGGGAAGCCCCUGGAGGAGCAUCUCACCAUCAGCGGCCGGGAGAUCGCCUUCCCCAUCGAGGCCUGCGUGACUAUGCUGCUCGAGUGUGGAAUGCAGGAGGAGGGACUCUUCCGGGUGGCCCCCUCUGCCUCCAAGCUGAAGAAGCUGAAAGCCGCUCUGGACUGCUGUGUGGUGGACGUACAGGAGUACUCGGCCGACCCCCACGCUGUCGCAGGAGCUCUGAAGUCUUACCUCCGAGAAUUGCCAGAACCUCUCCUGACCUUUGAACUCUAUGACGAGUGGAUUCAGGCUUCCAAUAUCCAGGAGCAAGACAAGAGACUCCAGGCUCUGUGGAACGCGUGUGAAAAAUUGCCCAAGGCCAAUUACAACAACAUCCGAUACUUGAUCAAAUUUUUAUCCAAGCUGUCAGAAUACCAGGAUAUAAACAAGAUGACUCCCAGUAACAUGGCCAUUGUGUUAGGACCCAACCUGCUGUGGCCGCAAGCGGAAGGGAACAUCACCGAGAUGAUGACCACAGUUUCGCUGCAAAUCGUUGGAAUCGUCGAGCCCAUCAUCCAGCACGCUGACUGGUUCUUCCCUGGGGAAAUUGAGUUCAACAUAACGGGGAACUAUGGGAGCCCCAUCCACGUGAACCACAACGCCAACUACAGCUCCAUGCCCUCCCCAGACAUGGACCCCGCCGACCGGCGCCAGCCCGAGCAGGCCCGCCGGCCCCUCAGCGUUGCCACAGACAAUAUGAUGCUGGAGUUUUACAAAAAGGAUGGCCUUAGGAAAAUCCAAAGCGUGGGCGUCAGGGUCAUGGACACGUCCUGGGUGGCCCGAAGAGGCUCCGCGGCCGGCCGGAAGGGGCCCUGCGCCGCGCCCGCCCCCGCCGAGCCCGCGCCGCCGCCCUCGCCCGGCCCCGAGCCGCCCCCGGAGCCCGCCGCGCCGCCCGCGCUCUCCCCGGGGGCCCUGGGCCCGCAGCCCGAGCGCGCCAGCACGUCUAAAAACAAGGAACUUUCUCCAGGGUCUGGGCAGAAAGGAAGUCCAGGCUCCAGCCAGGGGCCACCCAGUGUGGGGACCCAACCGGGGGCGCCACCCGGGGCCAGCCCCAGCCAGCCACCCGCUGACCAGAGCCCUCACACUCUCCGGAAAGUUUCCAAGAAGCUGGCGCCAAUUCCACCCAAGGCCCCCUUUGGCCAGUCGGGGGCUAUGCCUGACCAGUCCCUGGGCCAGCCGUCCCCCGUCAGCCUGUCCCCCACCCCGCCGAGCACCCCGUCACCCUAUGGACUCAACUACCCUCCAGGCUACACCUUGGGCUCUGGCCAGCUGUCCCCGGCCGCAGUUCCUCCCCUGUCCUCUCCUUCCGUCUUCACGAGCACUUUAACCAAGUCCCGGCCCACCCCCAAGCCCCGGCAGAGGCCCACCCUGCCGCCCCCGCAGCCUCCCACGGUGAGCCUGUCAGCCUCCAGUCCACAGGCGGCGGAGCACCCCAUGCUGGACGGCCUGUCCCCCGGGGAAAGCAUGUCCACAGAUCUCAUCCCCUUUGACAUCCCCGCCAUCCAUGUGGAGCUCGGGUCCACGCUGCGCCUGAGUCCCCUGGAGCACGCGCGGCGACACUCGGUGACAGAGAAAAGGGACUCGGAGGAGGAGUCCGAGAGCACGGCCCUCUGACACAGCCCUCCCGCCACCGACACCCGUGUACAUACAUGUGCCCAGAACUCGCGCCAGGAGCCGCGUCGUGUGCUCGCCACGUGCCCCCGGGGGCUCCUUGUCACUGCCAACUCGAGGUUGGCUGUCUGCAGGAAACCGUGGUCUGAUCUGUGUGGCCGAUGUUGGUGGUGCCGACUUUGUUUCCUUCUUUCAGGUGGUUACUUUGGCCUUUUGUUUGAUCUUUGCCUUCUGACUUUGUGCCUAUUUUGACCCAUGCUCUGCCUCCAUGCCAAGCAGCACCCCCCCCCCCCCAUGGGAUGGCUUCUCAGAGUGCCCUUUGCAGGGCCGGGAGUGCAAAGGAGGGUGAAGAGCCUGCACCUUUUCUUUCACAACUAAUGUGUCUGUGGCCAUGGGAUGCAAGGCAAUGGGGGCCCUUUACUGGACGGCUGGUGCAGUUCUGGAAUUGUAGGAGUCCCUGCUGUUACAGGAGAACCGUCCAGUGUGAAAACCCUCAUCAGAGGGCUCGCAGUAAGCAUUCCACUCCUAAUGGCUUUACUUUCCCACACUGUGUGGCUGAAAGCUCCCUAUCUUUAUGCCUGAGUUUAAAAAAUCGCCUCGAGGGUGUCUGUAAGGUCCACAGAUGAUAGUGCCCCACACCCCCAGAAACCAUGAGCUCCGACAGCAGUGCUUCCCGUCCAGGCCCAGGGGCACCCAGCUCCCUAGGGAGACGCCCAGGAGCCUGUCUUCUGUCUCUCCUUAUGGGAGGUCACAAGCGAAUAGCAAUAACUCUGUUCCCAGAGCCUGAGGAAGAGGGUAAAGCCAGCCCAGAGCCAGCAUGGGCGCCCCCCCCCCCCAUCCCCUGGCAGGGAGGAGGCCUGGGGAGGUGCUGGGGGGGCCCCUUCACACCUUGAGAUUAGGGGAGUGAGAAACAGAUUUGGUCAUGCAUGCAGUCAAACUUGACAGUUUUAUCCUUUUAAACUAGAGAUAUACCUAUUCAUGAUAUAAUAUUUGUAUAUAUGAAAUCUCUCUAUAUUUGUUUAAUUUGAGCCAGUCAAUCUAAACCAAUGUACAGGUGUACAAUGACAAUUUAAAUGCUUGGUUAUUUUUCCCAACACAGUGUAAAAUAACCCUUCUCUAACAGUGGGAUUUGCAAAUUCUGAUGCUAUGGCUUUGCUCACUUCCUGGCAAGGGUAGUUUGGUAAGUUCUCUGUAAUGGAGCCCAGGGGCUGGAAGUUACCUUUAAAUACAUGUACAAAUAGUUGUCGAAAGUAAUGUUAUUAAAAUAGAUUUAUUAUCCCUGA